AUGGCCGAACCACGUAGAAUCCAGUUAACUACCUUAUCGGGCAAUGUCCCUCUCCCUUCACCUGCCUCUAAACCGACUUCGACCAAACCGGUGGCAUUAACCGCUGCGGCAGGCGCAUGCUGUGAGGUUGGAGCUACCGACAGUCAGCCACCCAAACCAACCGUCCGCUACGUCCUCGCGCUGUUUGAAUCAGACGAACGGAGGUGCCCCGAGUUCUGGUAUUCUGAACUCUCCAAUCAACAGUGUGUUCCAGAGAAGGAGCCGGCUUUACCGGGGUCCUUACCAGAGGACGACGACCGGGAAAAACAGGAACUGGAAGCCAUGGCGAGGAGGUUUGAGGAAAAAUACGGAGGAGGAGAACAGAGGAAAGACAGGAUUCAGGAUCUGGUUGAUAUUGGUUACGGCUAUGACGACGACGACUCUUUCAUAGACAACUCUGAGGCGUAUGACGAGUUUGUGCCCUGCUCCCUCACCACCAAGCUGGGAGGGUUCUACGUCAACUCUGGAAUGCUGCAGUUCCGCCAGGCGUCCGACACCGAGACACAAGCCAGGGGCCAGAUGAUGGCCACAUCCCCCAGGAAGAGGAAGCUGCAGCAGAGAGAGGGGAAACCACAGAAGAAGAAGAAGAAGAGGGAGGAGAACUCUCAGAUGAAUUCUCCAGCGGAGGACAACACUGGUGUUCCUCCUGUGGGAGGGGAGGAGAAAGGGAAGAGGAGCAGGAAGCCGACCGGCCCCCUGUGCGUCACCGACAUGCUCCGAAAGUUCCAGAGGGAGAGGCUGAAGAGGGAGGAGGAGGAGAGGAAGGAGAGAUCGGGGUCAUCCCUGGGGGAGGGGUCAUCUGUUGGACACUUACCCACAAUGCACCUGGGCCGUGUAGACGCUGCCGGUAGCGGAGGCCUUGGAUUGGCUGAUCCUCUACUCAACCUGAUUGGCUCAACCAAUGACAACAGUCUGAUGCAGGCGGCCAAUACAGUGGACUUCCUGGUGGAUCUGAACAGCUUAUUGGAUGCCACGACCCAGACCCUGCCCCAGACCCUGCCCCAGCCCCUGCCUCAGACCCAGACCCUGCCUCAGACCCAGCCCCUGCCUCAGACCCAGACCCUGCCCCAGACCCUGCCCCAGACCCUGCCUCAGACCCAGACCCUGCCCCUGCCUCAGGCCCUACCCCCCCUACCUGAGGGCCUCCCUCCAACUCUGGAAAGAAGAAUUACUGACCUGACCCUGGUAGCCAGGGUGUUAGCAGGAGAGUCCAAACUGAAGUUUUUCACUCCGGAAGUCAACGGCCUCCUCCUAGACGUGGAGCUGCAGGUGAGGGAGCUGGGGGUACAGGUACGCUCCAGGGUGUACACACACCUGGCCUCGCUCCUGCCCUGCAGCAGAGACACUCUGCUAAAACGAGCCAACAAGCUGCUCAAGGCCCAGGUACGUACCUCUGGGAGGAAGAGGGAGUGUGCGGAACCCAUCCAGCGUCUGAGCGAAGCCAUUGGAAGAACUAUGCCAGAACAGAUCUCCCGUUACCACGACGACUGCCUGGCCCAGGCCCACGCCAGGGUCCUCAAGAUGGUAGAGGGGGAGGUGGGAGGAUCUGGGGAGGGGGAAGGAGAAGGAGAGAGGAACAGUAAACAAGUGGCAGGUCCUCGGAAGACUUUCAUGUGGAAUAUAGAGAUCAGGGAGUGUCUGUGCAGCGUGGUGAGGGUGGCGCUGGACAGGUAUGAGAGGGAGAGAGGGAGAGACCAGGAAGACCAGGAGGAGCACCUGAGGACCUUCCUGCAGGAGAAGGUGAAACCCCUCUGGCCCCGAGGGUGGAUGCAGCCCAGAAUUCUGAUGAAGGAGAGCAGGAGAGUCCUCCGUGAGAGAACCUCAACUGUGAAGAGGAAGAUGAAGACUGAGAAAAGACAGUCAUCCAUCCUGGGACCCCAGCCUCCUGGAUCCCUCCCCACAAACGGAGCACCUCCCCUGGGCACGGCCUCCGCCCCGGACCCCCUGACCCCCCACCACCCCCAAAGCUUCCGGCCCUGCCAGCCCUCUCCGGGCGGGGCUGUGGUCGUGGUGGGGGAUGAGAAGGAGGGAGGCGUGGGAGGGUGCUCCUCCAGUGUGGGUGUGUCUCCCACCCCCUCCCCCUUCAGGCUGGGGGGCCAGCAGGCCCUGGCCAGGGACAGGAUCUUCAACAGCUGUGUUUCCCAGGCGCUACUAGCUGCCUGCGCGACCGCUGACCUCUCACCGCAGCAGUGGGGGUGUGGCCUGCUGAGCCCCCCACAUGCAGGGCAGCUGAUGGAGGAAGGUGUUGACUCCCAGAGGAAGCUCCACUGA